AUGUCUUCUCCGGCCGUGGCGAGGGGCUCCCCGGGAGGGAGUCAGGAGACGGCCCCCCGGCCGCGGGGCCGAAGCAGGUUCUGGGAAGUGGGCGGCGGCGGCGGGCAGGAGCGCGCGGCGGCGGCGGCGGCGGAGUCGGAGCGCUGGGAGCUGCUGCUCCGCCGCGGCGAGCUGCUGGCGCUGGGCGGUCACCUGAAGGGAGCGCUGGAGGCGUACGCGGCGGCGCUGCGCCGCGGGGCCCCGGUCAGGCCCGAGUGCCUCGGCACCCUGGUCGACUGCCUGGUGUUCAACUACCGGCUCCGCCACGGGCUGGGCUGGAGCGCGGCGCCGGCGGGCGCGGGUUCGGGCUCGGGCGGGCUCCUCAGCUGCCUGGGCUGCCGCGGCUUCCUCAGCGAGCCGGUGACCGUGGCCUGCGGACACAGCUACUGCCGCCGCUGCCUGCGCAGGGAGCUCCGCGCGCGCUGCCGCCUGUGCCGGGACCGGCUGCCGCCCGCCGCCGCUGCCGCCCGCGCCGACGCCGAGGGGACCGGCCCGCGGCCGCCGCCCCUGGCCGCCGCCCUGGCCGCCUCGGACUUCAGAACGAGCGUCGUGCUCAACCACCUGGCCGAGAAGUGGUUCCCGGGUCAGCGCGAACGGGCCCGCGCCGCCGGCCGGCUCGGGGAGCUGCUGCACCAGGGGCGUUACCGGGAGGCCCUGGCCGCCGCCUGCGAGGCGCUGCGAGCAGAGCCUAGUGACCUGACUCUAAAAAUUUAUAGAGCGGAAUCCUAUGCUGGUCUCCAAGAAUUUAAAGCAGCCAUGGAAGAUCUAAAUGCAGUUCUCUUUCAACUUCCAAACUGGCCUGAGGUCUACUUCAGGAAAGGGAAAGUACUCCAGGAUGCUGGUUUUUUAAGUGACGCCUUACAACUCUUUCUUCAGUGCUUGGCUCUGGAUGAAGAUUUUGCACCUGCAAAGCUACAAGUAGAGAAGAUUUUAUGUGAUUUAUUAUCACCUGAAAACUUAGAAGAAGGCCUGAAGGAAUCCUCUUGGAGUUCAUUACCAUGUAUUAAAAACAAGCUUUUUGGUUUUUCCUCAGUAGUGGAAGAGUCUCACUCUGCUAAUGACUUUAGCCCCAAACAGAGUGAAGAGCACCCAGAAGACUCUUCAGAGCCUGUGAAAGGAAGCUUAAACCGUGCGCAGUCAGCACAGGCUGUAAAUGCAGUGGAGAUGCCUGCCAGAGGGGAUGGUUUAAAGAGGGUGUCCUCAGAACCCUUGCUGUCUGCUCAGGACAAAGGUGUUCUGCUAAAAAGAAAGCUGUCUUUUUUAGAACAGGAUGUCUUUAUGAAUGAAGAUGGGAGAAAUAAGCUUAAAAAACAAGAAGACUCUCCCAAUGAAGACUGUACAUUUUCAUUAGCUUAUGGUGACAUCCCUGAAGAACUAAUAGAUGUUUCAGAUUUUGAGUGUUCUCUUUGCAUGAGGUUGUUUUUUGAGCCAGUAACAACCCCUUGUGGACAUUCAUUCUGUAAAAACUGUCUUGAGCGCUGUUUAGAUCAUGCACCGUAUUGUCCCCUCUGCAAAGAAAGCUUAAAAGAGUAUCUAGCAGAUAGGAGGUACUGUGUCACACAGCUGUUGGAAGAAUUGAUAGUGAAGUAUCUGCCUGAUGAGCUGUCUGAGAGGAAAAAAGUAUAUGAUGAAGAAACUGCUGAACUCUCACACUUGACCAAGAAUGUCCCAAUAUUUGUUUGCACUAUGGCCUACCCCACUGUGCCUUGCCCUCUUCAUGUAUUUGAGCCAAGAUAUAGGCUGAUGAUCCGAAGAAGUAUACAGACUGGAACCAAGCAGUUUGGGAUGUGUGUCAGUGAUGCCCAAAAUAGUUUUGCAGAUUAUGGUUGCAUGCUACAAAUUCGAAAUGUACACUUUCUACCUGAUGGAAGAUCAGUGGUUGAUACAGUUGGAGGAAAGCGGUUUAGGGUUUUAAAAAGAGGAAUGAAAGAUGGAUAUUGCACUGCAGACAUUGAAUAUCUGGAAGAUGUGAAGGUUGAGAGUGGAGAUAAGAUCCAGAGUCUGAGAGAGCUUCAUGAUUUGGUCUACUCUCAAGCGUGCAGCUGGUUCCAGAAUUUAAGAGAUAGAUUUCGAAGCCAAAUCCUUCAACACUUUGGAUCAAUGCCUGAGAGAGAGGAGAACCUUCAGGCAACCCCUAAUGGACCUGCAUGGUGCUGGUGGCUUCUUGCAGUUCUUCCUGUGGACCCUCGGUAUCAGCUGUCUGUGUUGUCAAUGAAGUCUUUAGAGGAGCGGUUGACAAAGAUACAACAUAUACUAACCUACUUUUCUAGAGAUCAGUCUAAAUAACUGAUGGCUUGGAUCUCACUUGACACUUGAGCUUAGCCAAAAGGCUGAGAAGUGAUCGGAUCUUACUUUAAAGUCACCCUAAUCUGGCCAUGUUCAUGGUCAGAUUGUCCGCUGCCUUUGCACACCUGUGCUGAUUUGAGAAAUGUAAUGAAACUGUUUUUUUUCCAACCUCCUGAAUUUGUGGAUCUGCAAAUGAAUACCUUCAACUAGGUCUUAGGCCACUGAGAACUUGCACAGAAAAACGCACUGAAUGUGUGUUAAACCUCUACAUUGUGAUGAAGUUGCACUAUGUACCAUAUUCUAAAUGUACUAAGGACUGUGUGUAUGUAGUGUGUGUGCGUGCGCGUGUGUGUGAAUGUAUGUGUGCUUUUUCUCUGGCUUUAAAAUUUUAAAAGACAAAAAAAAAAAAAAAGCCAUAGAGAGCAGAACUUGCUGAGGGUCAUCCAUUGCCCAAGUUUACAACAGUAGUGAUACAAGUUUUUGCAAAUUGAAUUUGCCUCAGAUUUAUCUGUCCUAAUGCUUAUAUUUGCACAAGUAUGUAAACUAUGGUACUGAGUAUCAUUUUUUUUUUGUUGGAAAUACUGCUCUUGCUGAACUGUCUUGACCAUUGACUAUGACACAGUUCUUAAUUUAUGUAAAUACUUGCAUCCCGCUGGCCGACAGGCACGGGAUGCAGAAUCUAGAGCCAGUUUUCAGGAACAACUGCAAACCUGAUAUGGUACUGUGCAUCUAUCCAUACAACACUUAAAACUGUGAAAAUAUGGUUUACAUUUAAAUGUACAUAAAGGUAAAUGGAGAACUUGAUUUACUACCAGUUAGCUUGUACAUUUUAGGGGGCUUUAUACAUGAACUGCCCGUCUAUGUAAUUUAUAGUGCUUAAAGAAGUACAUAGAAUAAAUCCAUUAAGGAUCUGGGGAAGAGAAGAAGCUUAAUGUAGAACUAAGCUUUUAAAGUUUGUUUUGGUUUUACUUCUGGUCUUGGUGCAAAUGUUAGUUCUGCCUUAUUCAUAUCACAGUUAGGUCACCAUGCUGUGACAUGGUGUAUAUUCAUGCUGCCCUAGAUACUUUUAUAAUUAUUUGUUGCCAACUUGUGACUGUCCCUAUUAACUUUCUUUUAUGUAAGUAAUUUGUACAAAUUUCUUAAAUUUUUUGCUUUUGCUUAUUUAAUUUUGAAUAAAAGCUAAAUUCAUA